AUGUGGCUCGCAGAUUCAAGAGCAAUUUUAGAGAAGGCACUGAAGCUGCUCCGAGGAAGAAGGCGGCUGCUGCAUCAUUCUAAGCUCAUAAAGGUGUUUCAGUGCUGGGAUAAAAAAAGAAGAAGAAGAAGGUUGCAGACGCUUGUCUUCAAGUUGGGCAAGGCCAAGUCCAUCCAUCACGCCCAUGUCCUCAUCUGGCAGAGGCACAUCAGGAUUGGUAAACAGGUGGUCAAUAUACCAUCCUUUAUGGUCUGGGUGGACUCCCAGAAGCAUAUUGACUUCUCCCUUACAAGCCCACUUGGUGGUGGACGCCCUAGAAGGGUGAAGCGAAGUAACCAGAAAGCUGCUACCAAGAAGGCAUUAGGUGGGGACGGUGAUGAGGAUGAGGAAGAUGAUGGAUUUUUGCGGGUUCUUUUUAGAUGUGAAUGCGGCGGUAGGUAUUGGAUUGAGUUGAACCUUACAGUUUGA